CACAAGCGUGCUCUGCGAUUCCUCUUUGAUGGCUCCUACUACCUCUACCAGUAGCAGCUACAGCUGCCCGUGUACAGUGCGCCACACGCAACGCCUGUGAGCAACACGCGGCGGGCUCCCAUUGGCCGACGCGGCCUAUUUAGGCAGCCGCGCACUCCGGCGAGUGUCCUCGUGACGUUCGACACCGCACGCGCGCCAUGGCCAGCAGCUUCUCCAGCUCGAGAAACAACACCAACGGCGGCGACAUGGCGACGGCGCUAGUGCCACUCAUCCUCCUCGCGACGACGUUGACGGCGGCGGUGGCGGCAGCAGGGACGACCCCGCCGUUCUCGUGCGGCCCGUCGUCGGCGGAGGCGUCGCAGGGGUACGCGUUCUGCGACACGACGCUGGGCCCGGCCCAGCGCGCGGCGGACCUAGUGUCCCGGCUGACGCCCGCGGAGAAGGUUGCGCAGCUGGGCGACGUGGCGCCGGGGGUGCCGCGGCUGGGCGUCCCGGGGUACAAGUGGUGGAACGAGGCGCUGCACGGGCUCGCCACCUCCGGCAAGGGGCUCCACUUCGACGCCGUGGGCGGCGUCCGUGCCGCCACCAGCUUCCCCCAGGUGCUCCUCACCGCCGCCGCCUUCGACGACGACCUCUGGCUCCGCAUCGGCCAGGCGAUCGGCCGGGAGGCCCGGGCGCUGUUCAACGUCGGCCAGGCGGAGGGCCUCACCAUCUGGUCCCCGAACGUCAACAUCUUCCGCGACCCGAGGUGGGGCCGCGGCCAGGAGACCCCCGGCGAGGACCCCGCCGUCGCCAGCCGCUACGCCGCCGCCUUCGUCCGGGGCAUCCAGGGGAACGUCAGCUCCCUCCUGCAGACCUCCGCGUGCUGCAAGCACGCCACGGCCUACGACCUUGAGAACUGGAACGGCGUGCAGCGCUACAGCUUCGUGGCCCGCGUCACGGCGCAGGACCUCGAGGAUACCUUCAACCCGCCUUUCCGGAGCUGCGUCGCCGACGGCGGCGCCAGCUGCGUCAUGUGCGCCUACACCGCCGUCAACGGUGUCCCGUCCUGCGCCGACGCCGGCCUGCUCACGGGCACCGUCAGGGGCGACUGGGGCCUCGACGGUUACGUCGCCUCCGACUGCGACGCUGUCGCCAUCAUGCGCGACGCCCAGCGGUACGCCGCCUCGCCAGAGGACGCCGUCGCCGUCUCCCUCAAGGCCGGACUGGACAUCGACUGCGGGUCCUACGUCCAGCAGCACGCCACGGCGUCGAUCCAGCAGGGCAAGCUGACGGAUCAGGACGUCGACAGGGCGCUCACCAACCUCUUCGCCGUCCGGAUGCGGCUGGGCCACUUCGACGGCGACCCCAGGGCCAACGGGUACGGCGCCCUCGGCGCCGCGGACAUCUGCACGCCGGCGCACCGGAGCCUCGCGCUCGAGGCGGCGCAGGACGGCAUCGUCCUGCUCAAGAACGACGGCGGGAUCCUCCCGCUCGACCGGUCCACGGUGGCCUCCGCCGCCGCCAUCGGCCCCAACGCCGACGACGGCCGGGCCCUCAUCGCCAACUACUUCGGCCCGCCGUGCGAGUCCACCACGCCGCUCAAGGGGCUCCAGAGCUACGUGGGCGACGUGAGGUUCCUGGCUGGGUGCGGCACAGCGGCGUGCGACACCGCCGCGACAGACCAGGCGGCGGCGCUGGCAGCCUCCGCAGACCAGGUGUUCCUCUUUAUGGGGCUGAGCCAGCAGCAGGAGAGCGAGGGGAAGGACCGGACCAGCCUGCUCCUCCCGGGGAUGCAGCAGAGCCUCGUCACCGCCGUCGCCGACGCGGCGAAGCGCCCGGUGAUCCUCGUGCUCCUCUCCGGCGGCCCCGUGGACGUCACGUUCGCGCAGUCCAACCCCAAUAUCGGUGCAAUCUUGUGGGCAGGCUACCCCGGCCAGGCCGGCGGGCUCGCCAUUGCCAGAAUCCUCUUCGGCGACCACAACCCCAGCGGGAGGCUGCCGGUGACGUGGUACCCGGAGGAGUUCACCAAGAUCCCCAUGACAGACAUGCGGAUGCGAGCCGACCCGGCCACAGGCUACCCCGGCCGGAGCUACCGCUUCUACCAGGGCAACACCGUCUACAAGUUCGGCUACGGGCUCAGCUACUCCAGUUUCUCCCGCAAGCUAGUCUCCGGGGCCAAUAUGCCGGCGAUCCCCACCACCGUCCUCGCUGGCCUAAGGGAGAUGAUGGCAGGGGAAGAUGGCACGAGCUACCAUGUCGACGCCAUCGGUGCCGACGGGUGUGAGCAGCUGAAGUUUCCGGCCGCCGUAGAGGUGCAGAACCACGGCCCCAUGGACGGCAAGCACUCGGUACUCAUGUUCCUCCGGUGGUCCAACGCGACCGCCGGCCGGCCGGCGAGGCAGCUGACCGGAUUCAGGAGCAAGCAUCUCAAGGCAGGGGAGAAGGCCAACCUCAGGUUCGACGUCAGUCCCUGUGAGCAUUUCAGCAGGGUGAGGGAGGAUGGAAAGAAAGUGAUCGAUAGAGGGUCUCACUUUCUCAUGGUUGACGACCAUGAGAUGGAGAUCACGUUUGAGGCUUGAGUUUUAGAUGGCAGGGAACAAGUACCAUUCUUUCAGAGUAUGAUUUAUGUCUUCAUUGAUCAUUCAUGCCAUAGAAAGUGAAGGAAAAUGUUUACGAUUUACCACAUAGUAAA